AUGAACUUAUUUAAAUGGUUGUCUAAAACUAGUACUGCGAAACAUAAUAAUUUAGAAAAUGAUUCCUCAAAAGUCAUUGACAACAUUCCCAAAGUAGAAAAUAAAACUCUAGAUUUAUGGAAGGAAUAUAAUUACGAAUAUCAGCGAUAUGUUACAAUUGCUUCUGUCAAACUGGUAGAGAUUAAAAGAAUGAAUAAACGAGCUGUAGUUUCUACAGAAGAUUUAGAAAAACGAAAGAAAGCGUAUGGAACAUGUGGUGAAUGCUAUAAGCCGGGCACAGGAAAUCGUCCAACUGCUAAAGAAUUAUGCCAGACUUUAGAAAGAUUGAGUGAAGAACUAUGGAAUCCUAAUAGUGAGAUUAAUCCUCAAAUAGAAGAAUGUAAAAGGAUUAGAGCAAACAAGUUUAAAAGUGAAUGUAAACCCAAAUCUCUUCAAACACAUUCUCAAGCAAUUUAUACUAGUAGAUUAAUAAAUUUUAAGAAUCUCCCAGAACCUGUAAAUUCAUCUCCUUGUCAAAUUUUUACAGUUUCAGAAUGUUUAGAUGCUCAAAUUAGUGAAGCAAUGUCAGUUUAA